AUGGUGGUGGAGUCGCGGGUGGACCACUCGCGCGUGGUGGACAUCAUGCGCCGCGCCGGGCAGUUGCCCCUGGUCAAGGAGUACCUGGUGUCGGUGCAGAAGAACGACCUGCAGGCGGUGAACGAGGCGGUGAACGAGCUGCUUGUGGGCGAGGGCGACGCCGCGGGCCUGCGCGACAGCAUCACCUCCUAUGAGAACUACGACGCGCUGGCGCUGGCGGGGCGGCUGGAGCGGCACGAGGACACCGAGUUCCGGCGCCUGGCCGCGCUCAUCUACAAGCGCAACCUCAAGUGGCACAAGGCGGUGGCUCUGGCCAAGACCGACAAGCUGUACGAGGUCAGCGCUGGUGUUGGCUGCUUCAGCUGGUCCAGCUGA